AUGCGGCCUCAGGAGAUCCAAGCCAGGGCGGCGGAGGCGGCGGAGCGGGGGGGGGCCGUCGCCGCCGCCGCCGCCGCCGCCGCCGUCGGGGGCGAGGGGGAGAGCUCUGCGGAGUUUCACGUCGGUUCAGGAGGGGGUGCGGGAGCCGGGACCGGGCGGCGGCUGUUGCGGGCGCGGAAGCGGCAGUACUUCCCAACCGCCGCCUGGCCGCUGCAACGUGAGCCCCUUCCGGGUGUGUGGGCGCCGCCUCCGCCCGAGUUCCUGCACUUCAUUGCGUCGGGAGAGAUGGCAGCCGCCGGCGAUGUCGUACCGCACGCGGCGGCACUGCUGACGGCCGCUGGCACCGACCCCGCCAUCGCCGCCGCGGCGGCGGCUGGCCACGUCAGCGCCCUCCCGCCACUGCAGCCGCCACCGCCGCCGCCACCGCCGGGAGCCACGCCGGCGCGUCGUACGGCAACACAACCACCUGCCGUAUCAUCAUCCUCCCAGCCGGGCGGCACGGCGGCGGCGGCGGCGGCGUCCGACGGCGGCGCCGAUCCGUACGGCUAUCCCAUUGCCGCCUACAAUGCCAACGAGAUCCUGCAGCGCGCGGCUUUGGAGACGGCGCGGCUUACCGGGCAGCCGCCUCCGCCGCCGCCUACGAAGUACACCUUCAUGAACAACCGGACCGGCCCACGGGUCGGUCCGGGCCUUAUGUCUCAGCGGCUGCUGGCUACCCCUCCCUGGAUAUUCAAUGCCAAGGAGCAGCACAAGGUGGCUAGGUAUCGUACCGAGGAAAUGGCUCUGGAUUUGGAGCGGCUCCAAAAAAUGGAUCCAGAACUCAAAAUGAGGAUGGAGAUGCCGGAGUCCCUGAGUACGGCAAACCAGCUGGCUGCUGGUCACAUGACCCGACGGGACGUACCGCUUUCGGAUUCGGACUCGGAUUGCGAUAUGGAGGGCAGGCCGCUACCCCCGGGUGUCCCGCAUACCCCCAUGGAGUGGCGGGCAGAGGGUCCCGGGCACGUGCCGGCGUACAGGCGGGCACUGCCCCCGGAACCCCCCCUGGGCCCGCCCACUCUGACCUGGGAUGAAGCAGUGGAUCUGGCAGAGUGGGCCUUCCGGCUGCAGCAGCGCAGCCGCCCGGGGGCUGUACUGCAGCUGUAG